AGCACAGCUGCGCUCCAGAAGGAGAAAUUAUGAUACCUAUGGGCAGAUAUCGCAGUCAUUGAUGAGAAGGGGCCAUGAACGGGACGCAUUGCAGUGCAGGGUCAAAAUAAAAGAGCUGAGGAGUGCUUACUGCAAAGCCCGUGAGGGAAAUCGCCGCUCAGGAGCUGCCCCCAAGACCUGCCGUUUUUACCAGGAGCUGGAUGCCAUACUUGGGUGUGACCCCACUGCCAAUCCGAGGACCACGAUGGAGAAUUCACAGCAGGGAGAAGUGGGGGAGGGUGUAGAGGAAGGCAACAGUGAGGCUACUGGCGUGGAGGGAGACACCCCGGAGUCCCAGGAGGCAUGCAGCCAGGAGCUCUUCUCAAGCCAGGAGGAGGCUAGCCAGUCGCAGCAGCAGGAAGUUGCUGGUGAGGAAGAAACUGAGGAGCGUGCUCGGGUGACCUUGACUAAUGCAGCGUCAUGGAAAAGAGGAGUUUUGACCAGGGAUUUGAAGGAUAAUGAGGUAGCUUUGUGGAUGUUUAGGGAGAAGGCCCCUGUGACACUGAGCCAGCGAAGGUUAAGCAACUAG